AUGAAUUCCAUACCGUUGCAAUAUGAAAGUUUGAAAGCAGUCUUGAUUCAUAUGGAUGCCAACGUUCGGUUCCAAAUUUCGCGUCGACUACCUGCAAUCCGCUCAACUGAAAAACUCGUGCCACUCAGAAUUCGGAAAUUGAAACUAGACGGCAUUUCAACAGUAGUUGACAACACAUCUUAUAAUUUGGGAAUCUAUCGAGACUACGAACCAGGCGAAAAAAUUCCGAGGAAAAUUAAGAUGACCAAUGAUUUUACUGGCAUUUGGCAUGAUCUGGAUAAAUACGGAUUCCAGAUCUAUUUUGAUUAUGUUUUGGAUUCUGGAGACAUCUCAUUCCAACAUCCAAAUGACCCGCCAUUCGAUGCUUUCCUGAAUGACGAUGACAUGAGUGAAAAAAUCUAUAGCGAAGAAUUGAAGGUCAAUGAGAAGGCGAUGUAUCUCCGAACUGGCCAGCUACCAACAGGAAAGGCAUUAGAAGAACCGGAUACUAGUGGCGAAUGGGGCCGUAUAAAUAAAAUCCGUCUGAAACUUGCUAUGGAAACGCCAAUGAAUAUUCUAGAAGAUUUCGCCGACGACGCUCGCUCCAAUCUUGUUCCUUUCGUAUGCCGUCGUUUCGAUCGGAAACCACCAUACACUUGCUACAUUCAGCUGACUGUCAUCUGUAACAAGAAAACGAAACUAAUCGAAAGAUAUGCAUACAACAUGAAGCUUUACGAAGCGAUGAAGCGAUUGAAUACAUUGUUUUUUGGAGGAAGACGCCCAGCCAUUCAAGCUCAAAGUGUCCAGUUGGCGAGAUUUGGAGCCGUUUUGAGACUCCCUGUCGGGUUUAGAGUGAAAACCAAACAACUUGAAAAUGGGUAUGAUUUGAAUGACUGGAGCGAUGGUGUCAAUUUGAUGCUAGACCCCUCUUGUUUCCCAUUAAAUGUUCUUAAACUGUCGAUCUGCAAUAGAGGAAGAGACGAUUUUGAGUUGCCGAUAGUCAGAGAUGCGAAGAAGUUGAUUGUUCACAACUCGGACUCACAAUUCGAUAUUCUACCGAUUCUUACAACUCUUUCUAAUAAAGAGGUUGUUCUGGCGGAUACAUAUAGAGAGGUUCCAAUCGAAUCAUAUUUUGGAUUGAUCGAAAACUGGCUAGAUGCUGCCAAGCCUAUCGGAACUUGUUACUCAUUUGGAAUAAAGGAAGAAGAUACAGCGAAAGGGCUUCUCAAAGUUAUCAAAAGCCGUUUGGAGAACGCAAAGAGGACUAAAAGAUGUAUAUCUGUCAUCACAGGAAACAACACAAAACUCGAAGUGUUCUAUGUGCCUAUCAAAAAUCCACGCAGUCGAGAGCAAAAGGAUUUCAUGUACAAUUGCAAAUGGGUUCUCAAAAUACGGAUUGUACGAUUAUAA